AUGACCUUUUCCAUAGAUAAACUUACUAUCAAACCAGCAUCAAAGGCACAAGUAGUCGAAGCCGGAACUCGGUCUUCUGUCGAAUGGGCUAAAUGGCUGACUCUUGAACAAUAUUUAAAGCGAGAUGAAGAAAGCCUUGCUCAAUAUCAUGCUAAUGAGGGCAAGUUGAUCAGGUACUUGUCCCAAAAGACGAUCCAGAAACGCUUGACUUUUUUGUGCUUGCGAAACAGGGACAUUUUUGUUCUUCCCAAAGGCCAAAUAACUGCCACCCCCAAAGUAGGCUAUGGCGUAGCCUCCGUUUUUACACCUGCUAGGCAUAGAGGCAAGGGCUACGCUAGUCGCAUGAUGAGUCUCCUCCAUUUUACCAUUGCCGAACUUGGUGGGAUUCCUCCUUUCCCAUCUACCUGGGGAUCGGUUCCGCCGGUGCGAGUUGGGCAGCCUGGACAAGUGUCGGUUCUUUAUAGCGACGUUGGAAAGUUCUACGAACGAUGUGCUCCGGGAGAGGGAGUAGGGUGGACAAUUACUAGCCCAAUGACAACAGAGUGGAUCAUUGGGAUAGAUGAUGACGAGGCUGUCCCUAAUGGUGUGGAACUCUUGUCUCAGGACGAAGCGAUAGCAUUAGUGGCUGGCGAUCUAUAUCAUUUCAAGAAAGACUUGGAGAGUCGAGGUCCUUCAGAGCGCAUACAUUUUGGAUUCCAACCCACAGCGAGUUGGUGCCACUUCCAAAUGCACCGUGAUGAUGAGCAUCCUCUCUACAUCUCUUCCCCUCCGUCGAUUUGGGGGGCAAAGACAAAAACCAAAGGAGAAAUACACUUUGUCGUAUGGCAAUAUGAAGCAUUACCAAAGCCCAGGCUCAUCAUCCUGUACUCCCGAGCAACGCCUGAGACAUUCCCAGGCCUGCUCGCGGCUGCCAAAUCAGCAUGUCUCAGGGAAAAGCAUGUGGCUAUUGAGGCUUGGAACUUAGACGAGGCUCUGGGUGUUGUUGCUGAAGAAUUGGGUGGGCGUACGUACGAAAGGACAGAGCAUCUACCAGCUAUGAAAUGGUAUGGUGAACCAGGGGAGAUCGUUUGGGUUGGGAAUAACAAGAUUCAUUGGUGUUAG